AUGUCCUCUGCUCCAUCUAAAAUCCAAGAAAUUCCCGACUUGGCCCAGUUCAAUAAGUUCAUUGCUCUGGGUGAAAAGCUUACUGUUAUCGACUUCUACGCUACUUGGUGUGGUCCUUGUAAAGCCCUCGAGCCUAUCUUUGAAUUGUUGGCUGAAAGAGUCCCAGAAGUACAGUUUGGCAGGGUCGAUGUCGAUCAAGCCCAAGAUGUCUCUACGGAAUACGGCAUUUCUUCCAUGCCUACUAUUAUCUACUUCAAGAACGGCGCAAAGGUCGACACAGUUAUCGGAGCAAACCCUCCUAAGAUAGUCCAAUUGAUCCUGCAACAUUCGGGUGUCGAUGUGGCCUCCAGAUAG